CGCGACAUUCAAGGAGAGGCGCUAGUUGUCCAUUUCUGGAGCUUUCUGAAAAUCUGCGCCGGCUCAAAGACUGAGCAUUCACGAGUCAUCACGUAUCUUUGCGAGUAUAAAAGAACGAAUUGUGGAAAAUAGAACGAAAGCACUAUUGUUCUGAGGUCAAGCGUUAUGGACCAGGUAUCUGUGUUAAAAGAAAAAGGUAAUUCUGCUUUGCAAGACAGAAGGUUCAAGGAAGCCAUCACGUAUUAUACAGAAGCAAUUGCCUUAGACUCGAACAAUCAUGUUCUUUACAGUAAUAGAUCUGCAGCAUACGCCAAAGCAGGUCAAUAUGAACAGGCAUUGGCAGAUGCAGAAAAAACAGUGAGUUUGAAACCUGAUUGGGCAAAAGGAUAUUCUCGUAAAGGUAGCGCGCUUGCAUAUUUGGGUAAAUUAGAUGCAUCGAUCAAAGCUUACGAAACUGGCCUACAAUUAGAUCCCAAUAAUGCACAACUUAAAAGCAGUUUGGCCGAAGUUAAAGCGCAGAAACAAGCAGCAGCUGCUAAUCCCUUUAAUACGCCUGAUUUGUUUGUGAAACUUGCGAACGAUAGUAGAACCAAAGGUUACCUUCAAGAUCCAGAAUACCUAAAUCUUCUACAAGAACUUAGAAACAAUCCACAAUCUCUUGCUACAAAAUUACAAGAUACAAGAGUGCUUACAACUCUUAGCGUAAUAUUAGGUUUGAAUACGGAUAUGGAUGAACCAAUGGAAACAGAUCCACCAGAACCACCGAAACCUAAACAAGAAUCUCCUAAGCCUCAAAAGAAAGAAGAAGAUAACCUUCCGCCUGAAAAGAAAGAAGCACUAAACGAGAAACAGUUGGGUAACGAUGCUUAUAAAAAGAAAAAUUUCGAAGAAGCGCUUCAGCAUUAUAACAAAGCAGUGGAAUUAGACCCUACAGAAAUCAUUUAUUUGUUAAACAUAGCUGCAGUAUAUUUUGAACAAAAAGAAUAUGAUAAAUGUAUUGCACAAUGUGAAAAAGCUAUUGAAGUUGGAAGAGAGAAUAGAGCAGAUUUUAAAUUAAUAGCAAAAGCGUUUACACGAAUCGGGCACGCGUAUAAAAAGAUGGGCAAUUGGAAACAAGCGAAGGUGUAUUACGAAAAAUCUAUGUCAGAGCACAGAACACCUGAAAUUAAGACUCUGCUUUCAGACAUUGAUAAAAUUAUUAAAGAAGAAGAACGAAAAGCGUAUAUUGAUCCAGUAAAAGCGGAAGAAGAAAAAGAACUGGGAAAUCAAAAGUACAAAGAUGGAGAUUAUCCAGCAGCGAUUAAGCAUUAUACAGAAGCUAUUAAAAGAAAUCCUGAUGACCCAAAAUAUUACAGCAACAGAGCUGCUUGCUAUACCAAAUUAGCAGCGUUUGAUCUCGGAUUGAAAGAUUGUGAAAAAUGUGUUGAAAUCGAUCCGAAGUUUAUCAAAGGUUGGAUAAGGAAAGGGAAGAUUUUGCAAGGCUUACAGCAACAAGGAAAAGCGCUUACCGCUUAUCAGAAAGCAUUAGAACUGGAUCCUUCGAAUAGUGAGGCAUUAGAAGGAUAUCGUUCGUGUGCAGUUUCUGUCAGUUCUAAUCCUGAAGAAGUAAGAAAGAGAGCAAUGGCAGAUCCAGAAGUUCAAAGUAUACUGCGGGAUCCUGCUAUGAGACUUAUUUUAGAACAAAUGCAAAGCGAUCCUAGAGCCUUGCAAGACCACUUAAAGAAUCCAGAUAUAGCAGCCAAGUUGCAAAAAUUGUUGGAAUCAGGACUUAUAGCUAUUCAUUGAAAAGAAAAAUAUCUGUAUUUGUGCAUAGCUCUGUGCAUGACUUUAUCGUCGCCAAGUUCCUUUGGUAUUAAAGAAACAGUACUGUUUAUUAUAUUUUUAUGUAUUAGAGAUAUGUUCUUAAACCGUGCAGACCGAUCAGUGGCAUAUUCGUUCUACGCCUGUAUUCGGAAAAGCCAUUUCAAGUAUGUUUGGUUAUAAACGAGAUACUUUUGCGUGAUGCGGUGGCCUUUCUGGUCAUAGACCAUGUUUGCAUCGUAAAUUCUGUUACGGUAGUUGUGUAUGUUUUAAUAUACCUUAUAGAGUGUAACUCUGUAAGGAAGGAACUAUUAUAUAAUUACAAGCUUUUGCAUAAUUUUUACACAACACUUCCAAUUGUAAAUCAACAAUAUCAUCGACAUCAACCAUGCAAUGAUACACACUUACAUUUGUUACGCGGUCUAGAUUAAAUGAAAUUACUACCUUAAACCUGAUUGUCUUGGAUAAACGUUUCCAUGCAUUAAAACAAACGUGUACCUUUUACUUUAUAGGUGAUAUCAUUUUGAUUUAAAGCUAAUACUGCAACAACAGAGAGAAAUAACAAUAGCGAUAAUUACUAUGUAAUUACGAUAGUUGUAUGAUUUAUUUAAGGCCAAAUUUUCUUUCGGUAUAAGAGCCGGGUAAAAAACGUAUUAAGGUGGGAUAUUCUUGAAUAAUUCCCCUGACCUACUGUAAGAACUAUCGUUUAUUUAUGUUACAGUAGUUUUACAUUUAUGUUUACAACUUAUGAACAUUAGCGUAGUACUGCAUAAACGUAUCUGUUACUUUAUUCCGUUUUGAUUCUUUAGUUCUAAAAAUAGUAAUUAACUUUACGCUGGAAACUCUUCAAAUACAUAACAAUAUGACAAAAGAUAUUAAUAAACCAAAUAAAUACAUUGAAAGCAUACAAAAUUAA